AUCCAAUUUAGACCACACUAAUUUUGUCCAGUGUUUACCUUAUAAAAAAUAGAUUUUUUUGAUUGACAAUCAUAUUAUUCUUAUCAAUAUUUUCCCCUAUCAUUUAAAGUCCCAUUGAAGCAGGAUUGACUAUAAAUGGAUCCAAAACCUAACACAGUGGCCAAUGCUAGAACCUCAAAACCUUUCAUCCCAGCAUUUUUAAGCGUCCUGCUAGUUUGUCUGGUUGCUUUCAUGUUUCAAAUCCUAUUCUUCUCACCCAUAUCCCCCAGAAAUCUUGAAUUGCCACCUUUAUCUUCUUUUCCAACAAACAACCAAUUACAGAGAGUUACCAAACUUGGAGAAGGAUUAAAGGACCCAGAAGAUAUUUGUUUCGAUAAAGAGGGUACAUUAUAUACAGCUACCAGAGAUGGUUGGAUCAAAAGAAUGUAUAGAAAUGGGUCAUGGGAAAAUUGGAAAAUGACAAACAGUCAAACUUUACUUGGAAUAACAAUAACAAAGGAAGGUGAUCUUAUUGCAUGUGAUUCUGAAGAGGGUUUGCUUAAGGUUGGUGAAGAUGGCAUCGUAGUCCUUGCAUCACAUGUCAAUGGGUCCAAAAUAAGGUUUGCUGAUGAUGUUAUCGAAGCAUCAGAUGGUAGUCUAUACUUUAGUGUUGCAAGCACCAAAUUUGACCUCCACAGUUGGUAUCUAGACGUGAUUGAAGCAAAACCACACGGGCAGCUGCUAAAGUAUGAUCCAUCAUCAAGUGAGACAUCCAUUCUACUUGAAGACUUGGCUUUUGCUAAUGGUGUUGCACUCUCAAGGGACCAAGAUUAUUUGGUGGUCUGUGAAACAUGGAAGUUUAGAUGCCUCAAGUAUUGGUUGAAAGGAGAGGACAAAGGAAAAACUGAGAUUUUUGUUGAAAACCUUCCAGGUGGUCCUGAUAACAUCAAACUUGCCCCAGAUGGAUCUUUUUGGAUUGCUCUACUUCAGUUAACUUCUGAUGGGUUGGAGUUUGUGCACAGCUCCAAGGUAUCCAAACACAUAAUAGCGGCAUUUCCCAAGCUGAUUAAGCGGGUAAAUGGUGUGUUCAGGAAAGCAAUGGUUGUAAAUGUGGCAACUGAUGGCAAGAUAAUCAAGAAAUUUGAUGACCCAGAAGGAAAGGUGAUGACCUUUGUAACAUCAGCCUUGGAAUUUGAGGAUCAUUUGUAUUUGGGAAGUCUCAACUCCAAUUUUGUUGGAAAGUUACCAUUGGAAGACAAAAUAAGCAAAAGUGCGGAGUGAAUAAAUUACAAGGCGCAAGGACGUGUCCUUAAUAUGCAAUAAGCAUACUAUUUUACUUAUCAAAAAAGCAAUAAGCAAACUAUUUAGAAGGGGCAUUGGAUGAUGUUGAAUAAAAUUUUAUUUUCUAGUGCACAAAAAAAAGGAAAAAAAUAAAAGAAGAAUUUUGUAGUU